UUUUCCUUCAAGAAAGCGUUUCUGGAAAAAAAAAAAAAAGGUCAUUGACUGGCGAUUCUGUGGUUGACUGACGAGGCUGGUUAUUGUUGGGUUUGGAGGCGCAUAACUAGAUUGUUUUGCCCCUGCGUAUGGUUUGAUGCAUUAGUGUUUGUUUAGUUUGACUGGGGUAUUGGAGCUUUUGCUAUUGCUAGUCUUCAAAAAUCUUUGGAGAUGGAUUAGCACUUGGGACAUGUCAUUUCUGAGGUGAUUGUUUGCGGAAGAUGGCAUCAAAUUCAUCUUCUCCAACUUCUUCUCCUUCCCUGGCCUCACCUCCAUCCUCUAAUCCCUCCAAUUCUUCAGCCAGUCGGCCUCCGCCGGCGGCAGCUGCAUCUCCACCCCCCAAGUCUCCUUCUGCGCCACCUCCUUCGCCACCUCCAUCAUCACCGCCGCCGCCGCCUCCCACAGCGCCACCUUCCCCACCGCCAUCACCUCCAGCAUCUCCUCCGCCAUCACCUCCAGCAUCUCCUCCGCCAUCACCUCCAGCAUCUCCUCCACCAUCACCCCUGCCAUCACCUCUGGCUGCCCCUCCCCAAGCUGUGAGCUCACCACCUCCUCCAAAUGUGCCAUCACCCCCGCCACCAUCUACGGUCAAAUCUCCACCGCAAACCCCCCCAACACCUCCAGCAGGGACCCCGCCGGCUUCUCAACCUUCUCCUAGUCCUCCUCCUCCUCAAGCAGUUUCACCUGCGAAGAGUCCUCCCUCACCCCCAUCACCUAAAUCUCCACCUCCUACACGAGCAAAGUCACCAGCAAGUUCCCAUCCACCUCCACCACCAUCUAGUCCUAAAACUUCUCCAGCUCCAACAACAAAUUCACCACCGGAGUCCACUUCACCUCCUUCAGUUCCCUCAUCGUCCUCUCCCCCGCCGUCCCCUCCUUCUCCUCCCAGCAACUCAUCAGCAGCAGGAAGUCCGACUUUGUCACCAUUGCCUUCCCUUCCCACGGAAAAGCCAACAGCGAGAUCUACUAACGGGACAAAUAUAUCUGCAAAUUCUACAUCCACGGACACAGGGGGACUAAAGACUGGUGGAGCUGUGGUGAUUGGCCUGGUAGUUGGAUUCCUGGUUCUGAGUCUUCUUGUUAUGGCUGUGUGGGUUGCACGAAAACGGAAGAGACGGGGUGCUCAGUCAAAUGAUGGAUACAAUAUGCCUUCCCCCAUGGCCUCCUCCCAAAACUCAGAAUCGUUAUUCUUGAAGCCCCAUUCGCCAAUAAUACAAGUAGGAAGUGCUUCUGGCAGCAAUUUCAUGUAUUCACCCUCAGAGCAAGGAGGCAUAAACAACUCAAAGUCAUGGUUCACAUACGAUGAGCUAGCUCACGCGACUAACAAUUUUUCAGCCCAAAAUCUUUUGGGAGAAGGUGGAUUUGGUCGUGUAUACAAAGGUGUGUUGGUAGAUGGAAGAGACAUUGCAGUGAAGCAGCUUAAGAUUGGCAGUGGACAAGGAGAGCGAGAGUUUAGAGCAGAGGUCGAGAUUAUUAGCAGAGUGCACCAUCGUCAUUUAGUUUCGUUGGUGGGGUACUGUAUAUCUGAGCACGAUAGGUUGCUCGUCUAUGAUUAUGUUCCAAAUGACACCCUUCACUACCAUCUCCAUGGUCAAGGCCGGCCUGUUAUGGAUUGGGAAACUAGAGUGAAGGUUGCUGCUGGUGCUGCUCGUGGGAUAGCUUACCUGCAUGAAGAUUGCCAUCCUCGUAUUAUACACAGGGAUAUAAAAUCAUCGAACAUCCUUCUUGAUAAGAACUUUGAAGCUCAGGUCUCAGAUUUUGGUCUUGCGAAGUUAGCAUUGGAUUCAAAUACACAUGUUACGACACGUGUCAUGGGGACCUUUGGAUACAUGGCUCCUGAGUAUGCAACUAGUGGAAAGUUGACAGAAAAGUCUGAUGUUUAUUCCUUUGGGGUUGUUCUUUUGGAGCUGAUUACUGGACGCAAGCCUGUAGAUGCCUCUCAGCCACUUGGUGAUGAGAGCCUGGUUGAAUGGGCCCGACCGUUGCUCACUCAAGCACUUGAAGAUGAGGACUUUGAGGCAUUGGUGGAUCCAAAGCUGCAAAAACAGUACGUUGAAAUUGAGAUGUUCCGAAUGAUAGAGGCGGCUGCAGCUUGUGUUCGGCAUUCGGCCACAAAAAGGCCACGUAUGAGUCAGGUGGUUAGGGCUUUAGAUUCGUUGGACGAAUUGUCAGAUCUCAGCAAUGGAAUGAGACCAGGGCAAAGCGAAAUCUACGAUUCGAGAGAGCAAUCCGCGCAGAUCAGGAUGUUCAGGCGGAUGGCGUUUGGUAGUCAAGACUAUAGCAGUGAUUUUUUCGACAGAACUCGUAGCAGUUGGAGAAGCCGCGGGUCUGCUGACCAGAGUAUGUAGUGCCGGACUCAUGAGUACCGAAACGAACUCGUCCUGGGGGUCGAUUCUGAGGCGAGUACAAACAGAACUGCUCGUUCCGAGCGACGCUCAGUCGUAACAACCUGAUGCCGGAUUAGGAGCCAUUUUGUCGCAUCUUCCUGGAAACGAGGCAACUCCCGUGUAAAAUCUCGUGAACUACGACAUUCUUUUUCCCGCGCUCUUGCUCUUCCCGCUAUACGAUGAUUUUGUUUGGGAAGAUCCGUUUAUGUUUAGAGAGACGUUUGGUUCAGCAUUUGAUUUAGCAAUUGGUUGCAUUGUAUCCAUCUAUCAUUCAUAUAUAUAUAUAUAUAUAUAUAUGGGCUCUUCGGCUGA